AUGACUUGUCUUUUUUUGCUCGGCUUUCACUUUGAUUGGAUCGCAGGUGUCCUGAGAGGCUGUGUACGACCUCCCGGUGUGCCUUCCGGUCCGCACUCUUUAGUUCCGAAGGCGAAUAGUGAACACUUCGCCAACGGUUGGUCUCUCGAUGAAGUCCGUCGUGUUGUCCUCUUUCGCCGGAGCCUCUGUACUCAUCCUCCGACCCGACUGCUCCUACCGAUAGGAAUGUUGGUAAGGCUUUGCCGUUUGAAUUACUGUCGUCUCUUCGGAGUGUUUUGCGGUUUUCGGUCAAUUUGCCGCGGAAAUGAUUACUGGUCUAAGCAGGGUAUUAAUGGUCCCAAACCUAUACCAAUAUUUGGCAAUAUUAUCAACACUCUAAUGACGAGUGAAAAGGAUCGUCUACUUGGCUAUCAAAAGAAAUAUGGCAAAAUAUACGGCCAUUACAUGGGAGACAUACCGGUGCUCAGUAUCGCCGACCCGGAGCUAAUCAAAUUAAUUCUGGUGAAGGACUUUCACGUGUUCACCGGCCGGCACAUAGUAUGGUCGGCAAAAACGGCGAUCCGUAGCCGCAAUAUAACCCAACUGUGCGGCGACGACUGGAAACGUGUCCGCACUAUCGUAUCGCCGGUUUUCAGGUCGGGUAAAAUGCGGCUAAUGUGCCCACAGAUCAAGCAAUGUUUGACGUCGUUCAUGAGCUACUUGGACGUACUGGCUGAAAAGCGCCAAGAAUUGGACAUGAUUGAUACGUUCACCAAGUUCUCUUUAGACGUGGUUAACACUACAAUAUUUGCUACAAAUAUAGAUGUGUACAAAUCGCCGACAGAUGGCGACACUACUAGAGAACACCCGUUUGUUUUACACGCGAGAGAAAAGUUCACGUAUAAGGGCUGGAAAGAGAUGGCGACACUAGUGUUGCCAAAUUUCGCCCUUAAAUUUAUUCGUUUGGCCGAUUCCAAUGUGAAUAAGUAUUUUGAGGACUACGUCCGCCACCUAUUAAAGGGUAGACGCGAUAAUCCGAGUAAAAAUCACCAGGAUUUUCUUCAGAUGCUUAUGGAUGCUGAAGUAACCGAUCGAAAGCCUGGCGAUGGCAGUGCCACCACUCAGGAUAAUAGUGAAAGUCAUCAUGUUAAUCAAGACGAGGAAUCGUUGGCCGUCGAGCGAAAAGUGAUGGACAUUAAGGUUAGGGAUAAACGGCUUUCCGAGGACGAGAUCGUCGCCCAGGGCUUCAUAAUGGUCCAGACGUUUGCGGGCACCUCUUCAGCACUCGCGCACACGGCCUACGAGUUCGCCCUAAACCCUGACUGUCAGCGCCGCCUACGCGACGAGAUUACAGACGCCAUUAGCGCCGCCACCGGUGAGAUAGCGUACGACGUGUUGGCGCGACUGCCCUAUUUGGAUGCCGUCGUGUCCGAGACCCUGCGCAUACACGGCAAACCCUCCGCCUUGUUUAGAUACACGUCCGCUGAUUAUAAGUUAGGCGAUACCGGUAUCACGUUGAAGUCCGGCCAACAGAUAGAAAUCCCCGUUUACGCCAUACACAUGUCCGACGAGAAUUAUCCCAAUGCUUUCAAGUACGACCCUGAUAGAUUUAUGCCCGAGAAUAAGCACCUUAUUAAGCCGUACACAUACCUGCCCUUCGGGGGCGGCCCUCGUAAUUGCGUUGGAAUGCGAUUAGGGUUAUUAGAAAUGAAGUUAUGUUUGGCUCAUAUGGUGUUGAAGUAUCAGUUCGUCAGGACUCCCAAAACGGACGUCCCGUUGCAAUACCAACGAUCGGUUAAAAUGGUGUUCCCGAAGCGUGUUUUUGUCGGAAUUGAGAAGAUUGCCUAAUUGUUAGAUUAACCUUGCUCAUUUGCAAUUUUUAA